AUGACGGAUGUGACGGUGGAGGAGGGCGGGAAGGCCAAGUUCCUGUGUCCCACCACGUCCAUGCCGCGUAACCUGGGCAAGAGCCUGCCCUUCUCGGUCUACUGGACGUUCGGGGGUCACCGCCUGGACAUCAUAGACACGGACCUGGAGACCGAGAGCCACUACACGUCCAAGGUCUUUGACGGCCGGCACGUGUUGAUCAUCUCCAAGGUCAAGCCCGAGGACGAGGGGGAGUACGAGUGUGUGGCGACCCUGGGGGAUAGGUCGGAUAAAGCAGUGGGGAGACUUUUUGUUCUGCGACCACCUGACCCCCCACACGACGUCCGCGUCCUGGGUUGCCACGGCAACACGGCCGAGAUCGCCUGGGUGUCGGGCAGGUCUAACGGGGCCAACAUCACGGGCUUUACCGUACAGUUCAACCUGCGGGACAGCCCCGACACCUGGUUCGACUUCUACGAGGAAAUCCUCCCUGACAAGAGCAAGUCGUACGUCGAGCUCUCCCCGUACGGGACGUAUUCGUUCCGCGUCCUGGCCAGGAACGAGGUGGGGACGAGCCGGCCUAGCUCCGUGACGUCCAGGGAGUGUACGACCCCACCGGACAGGCCGGACCGGAACCCGGGGGGCGUCCGGACGAAAACGGAUAAGAAGGGAUACCUUGUUAUAGAAUGGGAGCCCCUGCACAGGUUAUCUUUCCAUGGCCCAGGCUUCUGCUACUUGGUCUUAUGGCGGAAAAAGGGAAGCCUGGCCUGGAACUCAGCAACAGUCAAUGGCACCUACGCCUCGAGGUUCGAACAGGAGGUAGACGAGGUGUACGGCUGCUUCGAAGUUCAGGUGAAGUCAAACAACGAUAUGGGGGAGGCUCAUCAACCUCCGUACAUUUACAAUGGUCACAGUUUUGAAGCAGAGCCACUUUUGGUUGUCUCGGGAUUUAGACUGGACACGAAGCGGCCCCUGAAGGAUAGUACGGCUCACUUCAAGUGGGAGCAUGUGGACCCUGGAGACAGGAAAAUGAAUGGGAAGUUUAGAGGAUACAAAAUUUUCUACUGGAAAUGGGACGAAGGUGAAAACAGUAAGAAACAGGUGUACAUACCGGACACAUUGCCAGCACUUCCGCCCGGUGGAGAAUUCCGGGGGUCGAUUUCCGACUUACCUGCAUACUCAACCAUCAAAGUCCAGGUGGUGGUUGUCAACACACACUACCACGGACCACCUAGCGACACCAUCGAUGUCUACACACCUGAAGGAACACCCACGUCAGUACAAGGUCUGUUUGCUGACUCCAUCCUGCCUGAUAGUGUCACGUUGAGAUGGCUUCCCCCGGAGAGACUCAACGGCAUCAUCACGGGAUACGAUAUUAGCUAUCAUCUAGUGAAGGGCAAUCAGCUGGGACCACUGGUCAACGUGAAGCCCUCCCCUAAUACAGCCCUGGAGCUACAGGCCAGGAUAGACCACCUGAAGCCCAGCCACAGGUACAGGUUUACCAUCGCCGCCAAAACCCGGGCGGGGAGGGGCGACAAUGCUUCUAUUGAUGUCAGGACUGCCAACAGAACAGGUGGUGCAGUACCAAGUGGCAACACAAUCUACAGGGCGCAUAAUGAUAAUCCGAUAGCAGAUACUAAAGUGGAGAACUCUUCAUCCAGAGUUGAGAGUUACUUUUCCCUAGCAACGGCUGUGUUCUUUUUCCAUGUGUCUGCAUAUUUUGUCUUCCACUCCGAAUUUUCGUUAUGACGUUGCUAAAUUACAUGGCUUA